UUGAAUUUUAGCGAAUUUCUCGCGGCUUUUGUUUAAAUGAUUUAAUUAAAUGGGUGUCAAAGAAUUAUGGGGAGUUCUCACGCCCCAUUGUGAACGUAAACCUAUAAAUGAACUGCGUGGGAAGAAAGUAGCCAUUGAUCUGGCCGGCUGGGUGUGCGAAUCCCUAAAUGUUGUGGACUACUUUGUGCAUCCCAGGCAUCAUUUAAAAAACCUCUUCUUUCGCACCUGCUAUUUGAUUUGGGAACAGGUCACUCCUGUCUUCGUUUUGGAGGGAGUGGCUCCGAAACUCAAGAGCCAGGUGAUAGCCAAAAGGAAUGAGCUCCAAUUCCGGGGGGUUAAACCCAAGAACUCCCCCGAGUGCGGCCAAAACCAGCCUCCCAAAGGCGACAAAGGACGCUCCCGGUUCAACCAUGUCCUCAAGCAGUGCGAAACGCUUCUGCUCUCCAUGGGAAUCAAGUGCGUCCAAGGUCCAGGCGAGGCAGAGGCCUACUGCGCCUUCCUCAACAAGCAUGGGUUAGUUGACGGCGUCAUUAGCCAGGAUUCGGAUUGCUUUGCCUAUGGAGCGAUUCGCGUCUAUCGCAACUUCUCGGUUUCCACCCAAGGAGCUCAAGCGGCAGCUGGUGGAGCUGUGGACAUCUACGACAUGCGGGAGAUCAAAUCCCGAAUGGACUUUGGUCAGCACAAGAUCAUUGUGAUGGCUUUGCUCUGUGGCUGCGACUAUUGCCCCGAUGGCAUCGGUGGAAUCGGAAAGGAUGGCGUCCUGAAGCUCUUCAACAAGUACAAGGAGACGGAGAUUCUGGACAAGCUAAGGAACUGGCGAGGGGAAACCAAUAAAUACAAUGCCCUGGAGAUCCGAGUGGAUGACAAAUCCGUUUGCAGCAACUGUGGUCACAUUGGCAAGACCCAGAGUCACACCAAAAGUGGCUGCAGUGUUUGCCGCACUCACAGAGGCUGCGAUGAAAGUCUUUGGAAAGAAGAACGAUUAUCCAUCAAAGCAGAAUUGACAUUGCGCCGGAAGGCCUUACAGUCUCCAGAUUUUCCCAACGAGGAGAUCAUUGCCGAGUUCCUCAACGAUCCUGCCACCAUUCCAAACUUAAAUCUCAACUGGCGGCAACCAAAUCUGGUCAAGUUUAUAAAGCAAAUAGGACAUCUCUUGCAAUGGCCGGAAAUUUACUGCUUCCAGAAGUUCUUUCCCAUUCUCACGCGCUGGCAGGUGCAGCAAUCCAAACAGGAGAAGGUCCUUAUCCAACCACUUGAGAUCAUCAAGAAGCGCACGGUGAAAGGAGUGGCCAGUUUGGAAUUGCGGUGGCACGAUCCCAGCGGCUGUUUCAAGGGUCUUAUUCCAGACCAACAGAUUUCCGACUUCGAAGCAGAGCAUCCCAAGGGCAUCGAAGAACUUUACUACACCAUUGAGCCGUUGGACAUGCUGGAGACAGCGUAUCCCGACUUGGUAGCUGCCUUCCUAAAGUCCAAGGAAAAGCCCGCCAAGAAAACCACUCGAAAGAAGAAAACUGUUCCCGAAGAGGAGGAUAAGGAAAAUGAGCCGAAAUCGAAACCAAAACGAGUGGUCAGAAAGAAAAAGGCUCCUCCUGAGCAGAAUCAACCUUUAUUGCAACAGUUCCUGGGGCGCAAUAAAGAGGGUUCCUCUGCUAAGCCAAGUACUCCUGUCAAGAUUUCUGCUCCACAACGCCAGCAAUGCUCCACUCCCAUGACCAAGUUCCUGCCUUCGGAUCUGGAAAGCGACUGUGAUGCUGCAGAGUUCGAUAUGUCGGACAUAGUCAAAGGCAUUAUAUCGAAUCCGAAUGCCAAACCAGCACUGACCAAUCACGAUGGUCACCAGCUUCAUUACGAACCACUGGCUGAUGAUUUGAGCUUGCGGCUGGCACAGAUGAGUUUGGGAAAUGAUGAGAAGUCACCCGAGCUGGAAAAGAAAAGAGAUCUCUCACAGAUCGAGCAGUUACCACAGAGCAAGCGGUUUUCCCUGGACGACAGCUUCGAUCUCCUUGUCAAGGGGGAUCUAAUGAAGCUAGCCAGGACUCCUGUAGAGCGGUUCAAGAUGCAGCAUCGUCUCAGCGAGAAGAUUCCCACGCCAGUCAAACCUUUGGCUAGCAUAAGCUACUUUUUUGAUCAAAGUUCCGGCAAUGCGGAUGCUUUCGAAGAACUAAUGAACUCCAGUUUAGUGCCCCAAGAUCAAGGGGAAAAUGAAGAAGAUGAGGAGGAUGAUUUGGUGGUGAUUAGUGAUUAAACAUUCUUUUACACUCAAUAA